AUGACGGAAUUCACAUACAAGCAUGCCCCUCUUGAACAGGGCCACAUCCGCCUCCUCCGUAUAGAGUGGCCAUGCUCGGAAAAACUUCAGCCAGACCACCCCGCUCCAGACGGGUCAAUCGCAGCAACACUGACCCACCAUGAUCUUUCCGGUCCCCCGCCUCCCUACACCGCCCUCUCCUACACCUGGGGUGACGAAAAAGAAAGGCUUCACCCCCCUCAAACACUCAACAUCGCCUCCCCUGACUCCACUCCCGAAACCUUCCCCAUCCACCAGUCAAACCUCUACGCCUUCCUCCGCCAGGCCCGUCCUGACCUAGUCCCAUCUCACAACGGAGCAACCUCCCGCCGGGCAGCCAACGUAGGCUACAUCUGGAUCGACGCAAUCUGUAUCAACCAAGCCGACGAAGAAACUGCCAAAAAAGAAAAGACCGCCCAGCUAAAGAUCAUGUCCCAGAUCUACGCCUCCGCCUCCCGAAUCAUCAUCUGGUUAGGUCCCGUCAAGGAACACAAGCUUACCCUUGACGCCCCCUUCCCGGAGAACCUCUGGCCUGCCUACCCGACAGGGCACGCAAUGGAUAUCUACCAGCGCGUCGCCGUUGCAUGGGCAAACAGCCAGCUGCCUGAUAUCUCGCCUACUUCUCUGUUGAAGAUCGUGAACCAGGUGGACUGUGCCUGUCUCGAAGCUGUGACUCGGUUGAGCUACUGGAAGAGAUCCUGGAUUUAUCAGGAAGCCUCCACACCGAAUGUACCCCGUGAGUUCUGGCUGGGUGGCCACGCGCUUUGGUUUGAAGCUUUGGAGGUGGCGAACAGGGUGUUUCAUUCGCAUAUGUUGGAGUUGGGGUUGAAUAAAAUCCCUAGUCCGAGUCCGCUAAAUGUUGAUAUUGCGUACCUGCAGGAACUAACCCUGCUCCGGCAACGUGGGAAGGGGGGGCUGUCGUUGUUGGAUUUGAUGGUCAAGACUAAUAGUCUUGGUGCUCGAUGGCCCGUGGACAAGGUUUAUGCUAUGAUGAACAUAGUGAGGGAUAUUUAUGGGGAGAAAGAUGGCGAUAUCUUCAAUUCUGUGAGGGUAGAUUAUGAGCUGCCAACAGAGGAUGUCUACAUGGAUGUGGCGACCUUGAUCAUCGAGACGACAAAGGAGCUGGAUGUGCUGUUGUUUUGUUCAGCGGGGCAGUAUAAAGGGCUCAAGAGCUGGGUGCCGAACUUUUAUCGGUUUGUGUACUCUGUUCCUUAUCGCACAAGGGAGGUGUAUGACGCAGGGGGAGGGAAAUCAUCGGGCAAAAAGCCACGGUUUUCUCUCAACAAGGUGGCGCAAACUUUGUCGGUGUGGGGAGUGAAGGUUGAUAUGGUUGUUGGGAUUUAUCCUUCGAUGAGGCGGCCAUUGCAGUGGGGUGAUUACACUUCCAAGACUGAGUUUUGGCAGCCAAUCUUUGGGCCGUGGAUAAGGUCGUUGGCGCGGUUCGUGUUCCCUCAGCCUGAGGGAGACGUGGUUGAAGAGGCAUAUGUCGGUGGUGGAACUCUGUCGGAAGCUGUUGACUCGGCUUUUUCUUGGGGUAUGGCGCCUGGUUAUGGCACGUUGAAGCGUGAUGUGGAUGUGCCGCACUGGCCGCUGCUGGAACAGGCGCAAGCUUCGGCAAGUGAGAGGGAACCUGAAGAAAUCUCUGUGGAGCGGCAGGGCUUCCAAGACUUUCUUAUGCAAACCAGCGCAAUGGCUUUUUUCAGGACUUCAAGAGGCUAUUUGGGUGUUGGGGAUGAGAAGAUGGUUGCUGGUGAUGUGGUCGUUGUGGUACCUGGCUUGGCAGUACCUCUUGUUUUGCGAGCAAUCCCCUCGUAUGAGGCCGGUGGUUUAGCUGAUGGAGCUCGGUGGCGGCUAGUUGGACCAUGCUACGCCAAGGGGAUCAUGGAUGGCGAGUGGCUUGGAAAGCGGGAGGAGCAGGAAUUUAUUCUUAUCUAG